CUGACUAGUGCCGCGGUGACCUGGAGGGGGGCGGUGUUGUUGUCGCGUCGGAGAGAGGCACAGGCCGCGUUACAGCGGAUGUUUUCGCUGAAAAAGUGGCGGUGACUAAAUAAGUAGGCACCUGCGCAAUUGAUUUAACUUCUGGGAAACAACGCUAUCUUACUCAGGACGACCACCUACGACAUCACGAUGACGAUGAUGUUGCGGCGAGUUCCCCAGUACCUCUGCCAGGUGCACAGGAUUCAGUUGUUGCUUGAAAUAGGUUCCACUUCGUUUGAGAUCCACUGCACACGCUGAUGCAGAGUAUGCUGCGGAACCUGCCGACAAGCCGGCCGACUGGGACCUCGCCAAACCCUACAGCGCCAUUCCUGGGCCAAAAAGCAAUCGCUUCGUCGGAUCCCUCAUGAGUUUCUUGCCUACUGGAGCAUUCUUCAAAGUAAAAAUAGAAGACGUUUUGGACACAGUUGCAGCCCACGGUCCAGUAGCAAAAAUGACUGGCAUUUGGGGGCGACCGGAUGUUAUACUUCUCAGUGACCCAAAAGAAAUAGAAAUAGCACUGAGGAGCGAAGGUGCCUGGCCAAUACGCGCAGGGGCAGAUUCGCUGCUAUACUACUUCAAAAAUCGAAGGAAGGGACUGCCAAUGAGUCUUGUGUCAUCUCAAGGAAAGGAAUGGCAAGAAUUUCGAACAGCCGUAAAUCAGGUGAUGCUGCAGCCAAGAAAUAUAAAGCAAUAUGUCGAGCCAAUCGACAGGGUGACCCAGGAAAUAAUUGACAGAAUGAGGCGGAUUCGUGAACAAAACUCACUAAUGCCAGCUAAUUUUUCAGAUGAGCUAGCAAAAUGGGCGCUUGAAUUUGUUUGUGCAGCAAUCACCCUUGUCGCUCUGGAUACGAAACUAGGGUGUAUCAGCGAUAACCCAAACCCGGAUGGCGCGAAAAUGGUAGAAUAUGCGCACACUGUCUUUGACUCUGUGUACAAACUCGACGUCUUGCCAUCACCGUGGAAAUAUGUAUCAACGCCCACUUACAGAAGAUUUACAAAGGCAAUGGAUGGUAUUACAGAGAUAUCAUCAAAAUACGUCAAAGCAACCAUGGAAAGGCUGAAAAAUGUCCCGAAAACGGAAUUAAAAGAUCGGAGCUAUAGUGUUCUCGAAACUCUAUUGGUAAAGACGGAGGAUCCAGACAGAGCUGUUGCAAUGGCACUAGAUAUGAUACUCGGAGGUAUUGACGCA